AUGGCUUUUCGCCCAGGUUUAAAUGAUCUUCCUGAGCAGAGCUUAGAAGCUGCCCAUAAAGCCAUCACUCUUGUUGAAGACUUUACUGGUUUUGAAACAGAGCUACCUGAUAUCAAUGCUAUUGAAGUUGCUGAGUACUUUACUUUGAACCAAGCCAAGACUGAAGACAUCACAAUGAAAGAGGACUUGGGAAGGAACUUUCUUAUUUUUGAAAAUGAUCUACAUGUCUUUGAUGGAAGCAUGAGUUUCUGUGUCGAUAAUUCUGUACUGUCAGGUGUUAGUAAUCUUACUGAUCAGUUCGUAGCAGACGGUUUUGGGGAUGAGGAUGGUGGUGGUAUUUUAGAUUUUAUAAUCAGUGGUGAUGAUGAAGAUUAUAUUACAAAAUAUUCUUCUGAGAUGAACACUUCAGAUGUUCCCUUUUUCCUGACACAUGAAAAGAGUCCAGUUGUGGAUAAACACGCUUAUGAUGAAUCAGAAGACAGUGUUCCAGCAAUUAAUGAAAGUACUCUGUUAUUUAAUGAAGAACUUUCACUGAAACCAGUUAAACUUUCUACACCUUCAGAAAAAAAGAAUAGGAAGAGGAAAAGGAACCUUCUUAUAGACAGUUCAAUGCAGCUUUCAAGUAGUGCCAUCCAAAAGCAGCUUUCUGACUUCUCCGACAUAAUUACUUGGUUAGACUUUGCCCCACCUACCAAAUCUCUAAUGAAAUGGAACAAAGCAGGAACAGCAAAUAAACUUCUUUCAAAGCCAACCUUCGGUUUGAUGAAUAAAAAGUUAUUAAAGCUGUUUCCAAGCUCCACAACCAUUGAUAAUCUAAUGAGUCAUGGAAGUGAAGAAAAAGAAAAUAAAAGGCAUCAGGAAUCUAAUGAAAAUGGAACCUUAUUAAUAGAAGAGGCAAGUCGAUUAGAAGAAUCUGUAAUGGACAGAACAAGAAGUGAAUUGCAGUCGCCAUCUGAUACUCUGAUUCAUCAUAAUAGGUCUUGGCAAAAUGAUGAUAAAGAGAUGGAGACAACCAUUUUGAAUAUGGCUUCUUAUGAUAUUCUGUCUAUUGAUUCUGCAAGACGAGAGAGUGAAGUUGACCAGGCUGAAAGCAAUUUUGAAAAUGAAUCAAAUCCUGACAACACAAUUGAUAACAGAGAGAUACACCUGAACAAGAGGGCUCAUCAAUUUUUAAGUAUUUUACAGAAACACAGCCAAAGUGGAAAUACGACUUUUUGUUUGCAAGAAUUAUGCAAGCAUAAUAAUCGCAAACAAGCUGCUGAAAAAUUUAUUUGUCUUUUAGCAUUAAAAAAGCAAGGGGCGAUUAAUGUAACACAGCUAAAACCUUAUAAUGAUAUUCUUGCAACACCUGGGUCGAACUUUUACAAAAUUUAAUAUUUCAAUUAAUCUUCAUUUUUCAUUUUAAUGUACUAGUUCAGUUUUUCUUCUGUUCCUGGAGUUUGUUCAGAACCAUAAAGAAGAAAUAAUUAAAUUCAAA